AUGGGUAACAUUUCCAGUUGCUACAAGGCCAAGAAGGAGGACGUCGUCAAAGCGCCUACGAACAAUGCCGACGAUGCGAGCACCAAGAGCUACGAAGAAGCGAUCGAUACCCCCAGAGCCGCUGAAAAUACCCAGGAGAGGCCUUCCAUCCCAACUCCUAGUGGUGCCAGCCUACCGCCGUUCUACUCGAUAGGAUGGAAAGUAGCUCAAGGGCCCACGACAGAGACAUCGCUGGCGUUAAAACAAGGCACGGAAGGAAGCUGGUGGCAGUGGAGACAGCGUCGAUUCUCUGCGAUCGGCUGGAAAUACGUUGUGUUCAUGGUUCUCAUCUUCUCGCUUUCGAGUGCGUGGAGUGUGCUCCUCAUCGUCCUGAACCUCGAGCCCAGCAAAAGUGCAAACUUUAUUUUACACACGGAGAGCUUGGACCAUGGACACUUCUGGCAGUCGCACAAGGCAGCGUUAUCGAUCCAGGCCACGACGGUGGCUCUACUGCUUGUGGUUACUGCGGUGUACUGGUAUCUUUUGUACUUGCUACUAGUCCGACCUCCAUCCCGUCGAAUUCGCCCGGGAGUAGCCAAGAGCAAAACACAGCAAAUUCCUACGGAAGCCAAGAAAGGAGAGCAGAAAAAAUCAUGUCAGCAGUAUCGACCGACGGCAAAUAUCGUAAGGAAUGGGUUGUAUGGUUUACAGCAAGUGCUCAUGGAGGUACCAGAAAUCGUGUUCCAAAUACUCACGCUGCGAGAAUACAUGGCUCAAGGCCUCGAACCAUCGCUACUCUAUUGCUACGCUUCGCUGAUGGCUUUCAACGCACUUGUCGCCUUCUACGGCAUCCAGUUCCGGUGGAAUGAGCCCACAGUUCAUCAUAUUUUGAAGGACUCCAUCGUCGAUGUGGUGUUUGCCGUCUUCUUCCCGGGCCUCGUCCUCUUCUACUCGCUCUCGGUGUUUCAAGAGGAUCUCAAGACUGUGAAGAUCCGCCAGACAUUCUUCCCCCCGCGCAUGUUCGAGCGCAAGGCCCGCAACUACGUCAACGCCAAAGAGCUGAACAUGUUCGGCACAGAUUUCGAGAGCCUCUUGGUUCGCAGUAGCUGGGAUAUUUUCCUCAAGCUCAGCUUCAGCCUACUUGCGUGCUUUCGAUGGGGUCGGAUCACGAGUCUCCUUAUCAAACGUGAGCUCAAAAAUCCCCAAGCUGGGAGCUCCACAUCCACGCGCAAGCUUCGGAGCGAAAAGACUGUGGCGCCUCUGAAAGUCCCGGGCAAGAAAAGAAAAAUGCUGCGGCUUGGGCUUCGAAUGAUGGUUGGAUUCUUCUUCGUGGUCUUUGGUGUCGGGUGCAUCGUGUACACUGUCGUCGCGGUGAAUGUAUCGGGCAAUGCCUGUUCGCCAUAUCCGGAGUGCGUUCAAUUUGCGUAUCAAUGGGUCCCUGGGGCGUCGAACGAUGCGUGUGGGUGUCUUGCCUACGUCGAUCGCGAAUUAGCACCGACAGAGUCAGAGGAGCUGGUCGACGUGACGCAGACUUUUGCGGUGUUGGCGUCAGCGGGAAACUUGCAGACUGUGCAACUGGUUAACCGCAAGAUCAGCGGAUCACUUCCCGAUACGCUUCAAUCCUGCCGAGGCCUUCGAAAUUUGGUCUUGAUUCACACCGGAGUGGAAAUAAUUCCUUCCUGGGCGUCUUCAUCUUUUUCCAAGCUGGAAUAUCUCCAUAUCGAAGGAUCUGCAAGUGCCACCAACCUUAUGGAACUGCCCAGCGACUUAUUCACGUCGAUGAGCCGUCUCCAUACUAUCCACCUCUCAUAUCACGCUGCGUUACCGGAGCUUCCGGCUAUGGACGGACUCGACGCUCUCGAAUGUAUUUACCUCGGAUUCCUGGAUUCCAUCACCGAGCUGCCUUCGUUUGGAGAUCUCCCGUCUAUCAAAGUUAUGGCGCUCGAAGGCCUCCCACAAGUUCGAAUACUGCCGAACAUUGAGCUGUAUGCAGAUACGCUUAACAUGGUGUUUGUUCAGGAUAUGCCUGCGUGCUGCAGUGGGUUUCUGAGCCAGGGUGACUGCAACACGAGCUUCCCAAGUUGCUGCACUGACGAUGAAAGCUCGUUGCCAUCAACUUGUCUCGCGAUGCCUGAUGAGAGCAAAUUUCUGGCCACAAAUGCUACACUCGCCUUUCUCCAUGAAUUUGCAGCCAACGUAUCGAACUUCUGCGAUGCAGCCCAGGCGACGUGUCCGACCGCUGUGAAGACCUUCGCGCUCGCAGAAGUAGACACAUGUACCGGUGUGCUCUACACCGAGUGCAUGUCCGAGUCUGAAGGUCCGGGAAUUUGCUUCAAUGAAGACAUGGGGUAUGUCAAGUGCAUUCAUUCACAAGAGCUCAUUGAUAUGCGGAAGGCUGAAAUCGCAGCCGGGUGUUCGUGUGACGAGAUCGCAGAAGCGUGGCUCGGAUGCACAUGA